AAUUGAAACCUGACUUAUUUCACUCUCUUACGACUAAUUUUGUCCAGACUAUUCGUAUUCUUAAGUAAAGGCAGAAAGUAGAAUAGAUGAAUGAAAUUUAAAGCUGACGAGAUGUUCUUCUUAUAACUCAUGCUUGAGAAGCCAGUUGGGGAAUGAUCCUCUCUAGACCACUUAGUUAUAAUUGAUAUAACUAUCCAGAAUAAGUACAUAAAUCCAAAAAAUACAUCGUUGGUGAUAUGAAGAAGCUCGUAAUAUGUAAUGUUAACGCCAUCUAUUGAUAAGAAAUGUUUAGUUAUGGAGCCGCUGAUGAUGGAAUUUAGUGCAGCAGGUCCAGUUUCAGAGAUUGCACUGGGGUGCACGAUGACAGAAUCGGAUGCAGUGGUACGCGUAUCUGUUGCUCGUCUGGCAGUGGUAACUGUCUCCUUACCCCUGGGAGCUUUCUUCCUUUGUAUUUACUUGUCUCUGAGGUUCAACUUUGAUUUAUCAACUGCUACCCACUGUGGGGUUCCAAACUACCUUCCAUCAAUAUCUUCUGCUAUUGGCGAGUUUGUUCCCCAACGGUACAUAUGGAGAGCAGCAAUUGCCGUCCACUGUGCUCCUCGGUUUUUGGUAGCCUCAAUGUAUUACAGCUUUAUGAAUCGAAUUCUGCCUAAUGUUGCCUUCUAUAGAAAUGCAGUGAAAGUUACCACGUUGCUGAAUGUAGUGGAAAAUGUUGCUCUUCUCAGUCUUUCAUUUGUCUCGUCCAAGGAAAAUUAUGAUGUUCACAAGGUAUCUUUCAUCUUGUUCAUGGUGUGUAGUGAGCUUUACAUGGUGCUUACCUGUCUCCUACUUAAAGAUAAUGCAAGGAGAUUCACUACUCCUCUGGAACGUCUAGCCUUCGUCAAAAAGAAACAGCUGAUGACUGCUAAUUUGGCAAGUUUCGUCAUUGCGUUGUACUUCUUCUACCGUCACAACAAAUACUGUGAACCUGGCAUGUACUCGGUAUUUGCCUUCAUGGAAUAUAUAGUGGUCCUUACAAACAUGGCUUUCCAUAUGACAGCAUAUUAUGAUUUUCAUAACCAUGAUCUUGUGGUCUGUGAGUGGAAGACAGCCAGUAGUUGACAAUCAGUGUGAGGAGCAAUAUAACACGACAACUCUGAUCCACGACCUGCAUGGUACACUAUAGGGCAUAACCAGUGUGUAGUUAAGGAUUAUAAAGUCAGGUUAAGAAAAUUAGAUUGAUUGUAAACUACUACCUGGCAUUAUACAGUAGUUUACUUAACUUUAGUCCUGAUUAUAUUACCAUGUUUGGAAAAGGUCUUUUGGUGUUAACUUAACCUGAAUUUUAAUCUUUAACUACUCAUGGAGGGAAGUGAGUGAGGAGGAUGGAAGGAUUUAACUUGGCACUAUCAUCUACUUUGGAUAUAUUGUUCAGUAAGCAUUAACAGAUGGGCAUUUCAGUCUAAAAUGGAAAUAAAUAUUUUUUUUAUUAUCUCUUCAAAUUCAACAGGCAUAUAUGAGGCUUAGUAAGACCAGUGUGUUAACUGGCAUGAAAAUAAGGUCAUCUUUUUAUUGAAAAGUAUUUUUAGUAGCUGAAUUCAACAGAAAGAUAUAACUUUGGCUUUUAUAUGAAAUGUAUGUACAGUACAACACUAGAUAACUUAGGGUCUUUGUUCAGUGUGUUGGAAAAUGGGAAGUAUUUGAAUAUUACACCUUAUAUCAAUGAUUUUUGCAUACUUUUUAGAUUUCCCAAAAGCUUUAUUUAGUGGUGCAUUGGUAAUCAGGUUUUACUAUCCAGCCAGUUACCAGACAAUUAAAAGAUGCUAAAAUCCCACAAACCUCUCUGAGUCUUCAGUUCUACUCAUGACAGCACAUAAUUUUCCAAGAAUUUUUCCUGAUCAUAUACUUUAGGGUGUACUGUACUACCUGAAGACAUCUUGCAUGAUUUCUUUAAGCUACCUAUUUCUUUUCUUCCUUGAGGGUGUAUGAUUUUUUCCUCAAAAAGAUAAUCCUUGCUUAUUAUGCUUAUUGUAAACACCCUUCAAAACAUUUAAAAUAUUACUGUACUGUACAAGCUAUAGUCUACACAAAAUUGAAAUUCUCAUGCCUGAACCACUGGAUGGAAGGCUUCUAUGUCUACCAACACUCUUAUCACUACUACUUACCCUUAACAUUUGUUAGUAGCCAUAUCAAAACUUUUGUUAGAAUAUCUUUAGUUUUAUUAUAGGUUUGUGGAAAUCUAUGGGGAUUUUUUCACAUGUUUUGCAAGUUGAGUUUCAAAUAAAUGCCCUCAUUUAAUACUUUGCUUUUUUUUAAUUGUAAUAUCUGGCUAUCCAGCUGGACAGGACAAGUAACUGGCUGGAUAUCAGAUAUACAGUACAGUACAGUAAAGUUAAUAAAUAUAACAGGGUACCCGGCUGGAUACAAUACCUUAUUCAGUGCACCCUUGGCUUUAUUUUAGCAUUACACUUCAUACACCAAACAUUAUUUCUCUUUAGGGGUCAAUUCAUACCUCAUAACAUGAAUACACGGAGGAGUUUUACCACUAAGUUUUAACCUUUGAAUAUUUAGGAAAACAGUUUGUAGUUGUUAUACCCCAAAAAAUUUGGUAGCAUAUAUUUUUAAAGACUAUAAUUGCCAUUAAUGCCUCAGGACUUGCAUACAUGCAGCACUUAUUUAAAUUGUUUAGUUUGCUAGAGUAUGUGUAGAAAGACAGUAGUUAGUGCCCGAGUGUCCCAAGUACUCACAUACCCUCCUUCAAGUCUUAUAGGGACUGUAUGGGAAGCUUAGCAGGAAGAAAUCCCAGCAUAGCUUGACCAAUCUAUUUGUAAAUUUCAUAUUAAAUUAAUUAAUGGGGAUUUCAAAUAGACAAUUCUUCUUAAUCAUAAGACAUAAUACAGUACUUCAGAAAGUUAUGAGAGCUUGUGACAUUGUCUUCCUGCUUGGCUGUGGCAUGUGUAACCUUCAUACUCAGUAGUCCUUAGUGCUCAAAGUGUUGCUUGCUCACCAUCUAUCCCCUGGUAAACCAGAAUUGACACUGUCCAGGAUGGUGAAUUCAUUAUUCUUGAUGUAAUUUAUACUUACCGUAUUUGAAAUCUGAGUGCAACCAAUGUAGGUACAGUAUAUGUAAAGAUGAAUGUGUAUACAGUACAGUACACAGAAAAUAAGGCAUGCUGUAGAUUGAACAUACGGUUAUUGGGUUUUUGAAUGGCCAAGCCUUUAUCAUCACUUUAGAAACUGCUUGUGAUACUGAACCUGUCAUUUAUAUUGCAGUGAAAUAUUUAAAUAAGUACUGUACUGGUAGUUUAUGUAAUCUUGUUCCAUAAUUAAUAUUUACGCAAGCUCUUGAGGAAGAUGUUUUCUAUCCUAUUUUAAUGAGGAACAUUUUGUUAACUACUCUAGCAUUGUGUUCUCUGAUGAGCUGUGGACUCUUAUUUUUUAAAGUUUAAUAACAUUAAAUUUUGAUAAUUUUAUCACAAAUGUCAUUACUAAAGUUUUAUAAAGACUUAUUAUGAUAGAAUAACUACUGAGUGAAGAAACAUAAUCUCACUUUGUCGCAAUACUUUCCCUAUAACUGUAUAGAUAUGGCUUCAGUUUUUAUACACUGUACAGUACUGUAUAACUAAGAAGAGACUUGUUUAGAGAUACUGUAACAGUAUUUGAUCACUUGAAUAGUCUCAUUAUUUAUCUGCAAUAUAUUUAAGUUUGUGAUGGUUGGUACUUUGCAGUGUUUGGCUUUUAGGAAAGGAAGUUUUAUCUUCUUUUUGUAUCAAAACAAUUUGCUGCACAAUUAUUUAAGGGUAAUUGAGUUGAAGGCACACAUUGUCGAGUUAUGUUACUCCUCACGAGUCUGUAAGGUAAGUUGUGUACAGUGUGUAGAAGACAAGCUGGUUGAUGAUAGUUGGGUGCGCUACACCAAUUAUGAUGUGAUGUUAUGUUAUGUGUAGUGGGAAACGUACCAUAAUCACAGUUCAAGAUAAUAUAUGUAUUUUGUCAGUAUUUUUCUUACAAGUAAUAUUUAGCAUUUAUUAAUUUUUACAAAAAACAAACAGGUUUGGUUCCAUUUCUCCAUUGUGAAGGCAGUGUUGUCCUUCAUAUAAGAGUUUUCUGUUAUUUAGGGAUAAGGUACAGUACCUGCUGUAUUGCCGGUGUUUGUAAAUAUUUGUGGAGCGGUCACAUGACUAGAAUGGUUGGAAUAUAAUAUUAUUUAUAUUGGCAUCAGUUAAUCGUACGGUACUUUACGUUUGUCACAUUAAUGGUUUGUGAAUGUGAAUGUGUUUGGAAAUGUAGUUAUCAGUACAAUACUUGUCUCGUAAACAGAAAAUUUUUAAUAGUAUUGUUAUAUUUUGUCAAAAGUCUAGUACAGUAUAGUACAGUAGGGAAUUUAUUCUGAAUGUAUCCACUACAGGGAGUCCCUGAGUUGAGAGCGUGUAACUUAGGAGCACCUGAACACACCAUAAAAUCCCGAAAUGGUUUUAUAGGUUGAACUUCGAUUUAACGACACUGGAUUUAUCGGUAACUUGCAUUUAACUUCAAAAUUUAUAGAUAAUGGAUUUUUUAUUUAUUAUAAUUAUUAUUAUUUUUUUUAAGGCCUGCCUGUAAUUUCCACUAGUUUCUUUUCCUGCUUACCACAGGAUCUGUCUUGGGCACUAUUAAAUAAUAUUGUAGCGUAUCUAUCAGAAGAUAAUAAAUAUUAUUGUAGUGUAUAAUACGUCUCCAUAUGCCCUGAUUUAUUCACUGAUCAGUUGACCAAGUUCAAACAUACUAGGGUAGACUAUAAUAUCCAGAUUGUUUACACCCCCAUGGGAGGUACGUGUGUACGUGUUUAUUUGCAUACUGUACUCAGACUUGAAUUAUACGUAGAGAAAACAAUUAUUUGUUAAAAUUUAUUAAUUUUAUUAAAAAAAACUUACUCCAUGUAAAUAUCAACACCAUCUCUGAAACAUUUAUCAUUUCUAACCUAACAUAAUUAUUAUGACAAAUAUUAUAAUACUGGUACAGUAUCUUGAUGCAAUGGUUUCAUCAGCGACUUCCCCCCCUCCAUACUUUGAUUUAGCGACACAGUCCAGGUUUCGUCGAUGCCGUUAAAUCGAGGUUCAACCUGUCUUAAUUUGUUAUGGAUAAAAUGCAAUGCAAUUAAAAAUUUAAUUUUCAAAUUAAAUAAAAUUAAUUUAUAUAGAUUGUGUUGUAAAUUGUUCUUUUCUUUUUAUGGUAAAGUGAGUAUUUAUAUUUUAAACACUGUGAUGAAUCGUAUAUUCCAUGUUUUGAAGAUUUUAUCUUUUCCUAUUCCAUUUUAUAAUUAUACUGUAUUGAAUGAGGAAAACUCGAUCUAAUGAAAUAAAUUAAACUGAAAAACCCCACAUAGACACCUGCUACUGUACAUCCACGAGUACUCGUGCUACUGCCGCACGUAUAAAAUAAAUACAAAACUACCUCCGAUAAGCCCAGCUCUUAUGCUUAUGUUCUCUGUCCCUAUGUGUAAAGUCUUGUGUCAAAAACAAUUUUGUUUGGAAACACUAUUGUCAUAUACACAUUUUUGUAAGCAAAUCUCUUAGGGUACAGUUAUUAAAACUUCAUUUACAGGUACAGUAAGUCCCCAUUGAACGUUACUACUUUGAACUAAUCCUCACUAUAACGAAAGCAAGUUUUUACUACCCAUUUUCCUAUUAACGAAAGACUGUUCUACUAUUACCAAAGGUAAGUUUCCCCCACCUUUCUGCAUUCUCACCACCAGCUCCAUGAUCAUCACCAUCACCACCACUAACUCUAUUUUCACCACCUAAAUCAUAAUUUCAUCUUCCUCCCUACCUUCCACCAACUGUAUCUCACCGACACUGCCUCUCUCACUCAUUGUGACUGUCAUUCAUGAUAAUACAAUACUGUACAACACUGUACAUUGUUUAUAUUGUUGCAGGUAUUCUCACUCCAUAAUUUAAACUUUGUCACAUAAUGUAGAAGGAAACAAUGUUGUUCAUUUAUACUUACACUCAAUUUUGUGGGUAGACAUCAGCUGUUAAAUUGUCAGGCAGUCCUGCAGCCAGUGUUACCAAACAAACCGACUGACGCAUCAUCUCCUCACCACUUACCGUCUUCCUUCCUCCCUCUUUCCCACCCACUGUAUCUCACCAACACUUUGCCUUUCUCUCAUUCUACUAUGAAUGUCAUUCCCAUAUUCCCACAAACAACAAUUGACAACUAUGUUUAUGUACCUUUAUAUUUUACAUGUUAUAUUGUUUUUAUCUUUAGUAUUUUGAUGUGUUGCAAUUAUUUUGUCACAGAGCUUAGUAAUGUACAGUACAUUAAUCUAUCACAGAGCUUAGUAUAGGCACAUAUCUUCCUUAUUAUAUUAAUUUACAGGGAAAAAAUGGUUUCGAUGAACGUAAUCCACCUAACGAAAGCGUUUUAGUGGAACCUAACCCUUUCGUUCAAUGUGGACUUACUGUACAUCUUUGCAUAUUAUGGAAACCCUGAGAGUGUAAAGUGAGCUAAAAAUGUACCCUAAUUAUUGGUGCUAAGCAAAAGAGUGGUGUUUGUUAUAUGCCUGUCAAAGAAAAUAAAAGCAAAAAUAAAAGAAAUGAAAUGGACAUACAGUACUGUAGUCAAAUUAGGGUUCACAGAAGGAGAAACACUGACACACAUCAGCUGCUUGUUUCACUUGAGUCGUUCAAUGAUGUAAAAAGUAACAAAAGAUUAAAGUAAAAGACUUUUUAAAAAUAAUAAUAAUUUGUUUUGUUUUAUUAAUUGUAUUACUGUACAGUAAUAUUUUUAUCUACUAAUCUUUAUUGCACAUUUACAAUAUUUCAGCUCAUUUAAGGGUUAAAUAGACUUUAGUGGGUAGGCUUGGGAACCUAACCACCAUUUACCACAUUUAGUCUAUGAGAAAUUGAGUUUUGAUUUCCAAACAAAUGACUUAUGAAUAAAAUUUUGAAGUGCAACCCAUUCUUAACCAAGAGACUUCCUGUAAAUCAUAUUUUUCUGGGGAUAUUUUACUGCUUAAAUAUACGUACUAAUUGAGUAUUAAAACUGUGACCAUGGGAAAUCCUGGCUACUGUUAUGUGCGUAAAUACAAAAGAAAAAAAAACCUUAAAACCAUAUUAUUUUCUUACAAAAUUGAAGACAGGCAUGCAGAAGUAUGAAAAUGAAAAAAAAAAUUGUAAAUCAUUAUUCUACCUUUGUUUUGCUGUGGUAGAGUGUUUAACAAAUGUGUGGGGGCCGAGCAACUAGGGACAGGAGAGAGGAGUAGGGAGUAAAGGGGGUAGACUGCAACAAAUGGCAAUGAACAUUUGUCUUCCUUGAUAACAUAAAGGCAACUGAGAGCACUAUUGAGGUGUGGGUAGUCUGAAAAGAUCUGAGAGAGACAUGAUUUGCUAUAUAAAUGCUAAUCUUGAUGUACAAUUUUAAAUCAGUGGUAUGAAAAUCUUUUAAUAUGCUGCAUGUUGUAGGCCCAUGUGUAUAAUAUCAUACACGUUGGAGUUUAAGGGUGAAUAAUGGUUAUUUAUUAUUUAAAAGAUUAUGAAUUUGUUUAAAUGGAAAGUGCUUUCAUGGUUGUAUGCAUUAGAAAUACUUAAGUUUUGUGUGUUUGGUUAAAUGGAAUUGUGGGUACUGUACUAUACUGUACCUGUAUUAUGUCUUAAUUAAGAAUACUGAGCAAGCACAGCACAUGCACAAACCAUUGGAUUUUUUGGGGGGAUAUCUAGUCUGUCUCUUUCAUUAUGGUUAUGGUUCUCAUAAAUUUCUUGCUCUGAUUUAAUGAAAUUAUGAAUAUUGAGGGACUAAUUUAUUCCGUGCUCAAAAAAAUCAGUCCAUCAUAUUGUAUUUAUUUGUACUGUAUAUUAAUGCAGAAUGUGCAGAACCUCUAUUCAGCCUACUUAUUUAUUACUCCUUGUCUGAAGCACCUGGUUUAUAGUCACUUACACUUUAAGUUCUUGGAUGCAUUUAUUUGUGGUAGGAUUCAUUCCUCAGAUCUGAGGGUUCUUUUAAUUAUUAUAAGUAAGCAUGAGACCUGGCGGUUAUGUUGGUUGUUAAAUAUUUUCUAUUAAGCAUUUAUGCAAUUAUUGUAAGUGGUGCAGUCACAAGUUUAAGGGAGCACUUUGUAUCAUCAGUUAUAUACCAUAACAAACUAAGGAUGGUCUGAUUAGAUAACAGCUGUAUAGUGUGUCUUAAUAGACACACUUGUUAUUUUACCAGUUUCAUUAUAAUUGCAGUCAUUUUACAUUUUGCAUUUUGUGAUAUCCAGGCCUUAAGAGAACUUCACAUAUAUAUUCACUUAGUGAAACCAUUCCAUUUCCAUGUUUGUCAUGGUUAGAUCAUUACACAAGCAUGCUGUUACUUAUCAAUUUUAUGAUGUAACUGGGACCAUUCCAUUGGUAUGCUGUUAUUAGACUGUCACUGCCAUGUUACAGCAGGUCUUUGUACCAUGAUUUAUUACAUAAACCAUUGCUCUGUACCAUCAUGACUACUGCAUGGUGGUAUAACAACUCUUCAUUAGUGUUAUUAAUUAUUAUUAGUAGUAAUAUGUUUAUUAUUCAGUGAUAUUUAUUCAAUAAGGUGUCUCACACAUUGUAUGCUGGAUGAAAUAUAAAUACUGGUAAUACUGUACAUUCCAGAACAUCAGUUGCUGUACAUUUGACAUACACACUGUAUGGUUUUAGAGAUUUAACAGUAACACUAAAAAAAUUGAUGAUGGUCUAUGAUUUGGUUAGAACUUGUGUUUAAAUGUUUCACUCCUUUCAUUCCUUACUAAUGCCGAAUGAGAGAACCUUGAACAGAUGAACAGAUGAGGUAGCUGUAGUUGAUAAGCUGAAGUGAACAAGAAGGCAAAGAAAAGUUUGAAAUUGAGUGAAUGAAAAUUUCUGAAAGAUUUAAAAUUUGAGAUUGUGUAAUGGUUCAAUAAGUAGAGGUGUGAUAAGAAUGUUUUAAGACACUACCAUCAUCAUGAUAAACUAGACCACAAGAGACAGAACUGAUUUUAACAACAUUUUAAAUUCCUUCAUACUUUACUAGUGCUUCCUUAUGGUAAGCACCAGCUAUCCUAUCAUGUAUAGCAUAGCACCAUCACUUUAGCCAAAGAAGACCACAAUUAAUGUAUUAUUUUAACAUCCCUGUGAAUUCCAUCUUGGUAGUGCUUCCUUGUGUGAUCACUGAUGACUGGUGUAGCCCCAUACAGUGUCACCUGUUCUCAAGAAGUGUCUAUUGUAUUGUACCCAAUUUUGAUUUGUCACUUGGGUUCUCUGCUUCGUAAUUUAUAUUUAAUUUUUAAGGUUUUUAUAAGACAAAUUAACCACUCGUAUUCUUUUUUCUUUUUUACUAAUGCAGAUAGGUUAAUUCUGUACAACUGUAGCUCAUCGUUUUCCAUUAAAAAUGUCAUAUGAGGAACUUCCUUAAUAUUUAAAGUAAUAAAUAUUAAUCUUAUAUUUGUUUUACCAGGAAUUAUGCCAUCAGGAUGGUAAAAUAAUCAGGAUUUCAUAUCAGAAAAUAUCUCUUCCUCCCAGUUAAGGAGUAUUUUACUGUACUGUACAUUAAAUAGCUUUGCUCUUUAUAGGAAACUGUUUAUGUGCACAAUUCAGUAAACCUAGCAGUAGUAAUUUAAUUUUUUUAUAAACUAAUUCUCAUAUUCAUCUAGGUAUCUAAAUUGUUUAUUUAUUUUAGUGUCAUUUUUGUAGGAAUUAAAGGUGUUUAUGAAAAGACUUGGGUUUCCUAAGAGAAGGGAGGUAAUAUACGAGGUCUGAUAGGAAAGUAUCCGACCUUUAGCAGGUGAAAAAAAAAACAAGCUUACUUACUGAGUUCAGACUUUAAUCCCCUUCAAAGUAGGCCCCUUGGGACUCAACACACUUAACCCAGUGGUAACAAGCUAACCAAUUAUAUCAGAGUAUGAUAGAGUAGUGGAAAGCUUUAAGAUUGUCCAUGACAUGUUGCUUUUGUAGGCUAGAUUAGAUGAGUUGCUGCCAUACUGCAUACCCCACAGGUAAAUAAAUUUGCUUUAUUGUAGUCAUACAAUUUAAUCCUCUUAAAGUUUUGGUUUUCUAAGCCUUAGACAGUUGAAGUACUGUACUGGUACAGUAUUCUGUACUGUACAGAGUAUGGUAAAUCCAAAUUUAUUUCAUCCAGUAUUUUGGACAAUUUUCACCUUGUCAACUCUGGACUUAAGGUGUUCAGAUCCUUAUGACAUAUUCAAAGGGACUUUCACCCUUAAGCUGGAUUGUUUCAUCUUCCAUAAUAAUUUAUUAGCUAUGUAUGCAUAUUUUAUUCAGUAUAAAGGGAAGGGUUUGGGGUUUGACCCUAUAUGAAACAUUUUGGUUAACCAGAUUAAGGUUAAACAUAGGCAUGCUGAACUAUGUAGGUAUAAGUGUAUUGGGGUAUGGUUUUCUAAGCAUAUUUUAUACUGUACUGUGAACUUUUAAUAAGGUACUGCAGCUUGUUAUGAAAUAUAUGUGCAUGUUGGUUUUUAAUGUACAAAACUAUAAUCUCCCUUAUGCUAUUAUCAUCAAUAGCAUCUUUCCAUUUUUUGCCAUAGGUUACUUUUUCAAAUUUACAGCAUUUCCAGUUUUCCAGCUGCUUUUGGACUCAUGUUAAUACCACUUAAGACCAUACCAAACAUUUGGCUAAUGAAUGUGUCAUAUACAGUACAGUUUCAAGGUUGUGCACUGGUGGCAGCAACAAUAUUUGCCAUAUUAAAGGAAAAAAAUAUGAAAUAAUGCUCAAGUAAUACGGAAGUACUACUGUACUGUAUGUGAAUAACUUAGGUAGAUGUAUUCUUUUGUUAAUCAGGACAUGAUAUUCAGCCAGCAACUACAGGAUUAUAAAAAAGUGAAAUGAAUUACGUAUAGCCAAGAGAAAGGGAUGAAUUAACUAGGGAUAUAUGUGUAUAGUAAUAGAUUUGGUGUCUUGAAAUCAACCAAAGAAGGAUCACCAUUGUUCAUGGUAAGCAGUGUCAAAGAGACAAAAUAUCUUUUCAAUAGCAACCUGUGUGUUUGAGAGUCCCAUGAAUAUUGAUUCACCUAAUUUUUUUUUCUCCAUGUAUUGGCUGUGAAUGGUGAAGGAAAUAAAUUGCCUUUGGAUGAAGAAAGCCUGUAAAAUGUUAUGUAACUUUCUUUUACUCUACUCUUGAAAUCUUUAUCUCUGUUGAUCUCAUUAUAACAACUUGUGUAAAAAGUUUAUGCAACGGACAUGUCAUUGGUGCUGCUGUAUAGUAAUUACUUUGAGUAAGUUUGUGUUAUUAAAACUGUAAUAUUUUAUUACUCAUAGCAAAUAGUUUUACAUAAUAAUGUACAGUAUGUGCAUGUCAUUUUGGAAAAAGAUGAAUACUGUAGCAACUUUAACAAAACAAGUUAUUUGAAAAUGUAUUUAAGUAAUAAAUGGUACGUACCAGUGUUAUGAAAAAGGAAACACAGGUAUGUGAAUGAAGGAUUGUUUUGAGUAAUAGAAUAUUACCUGUAUUAACUUGGUCUUGUGAGAACCUAUUACCUUGCUGUCCACAGGAUGUAUAAGUUAAGAGCUUCUGUAUUCAAAACCAUGAUCACCUAAGUUGCUCCAGAUGUAAAAACUGUAAAAGCUUGAACCUUAACACCAAUGUAACCCUUAAGUGUUUUAAGGUCAUAAACACUGUUGUUAUAUUUUGGUAUAGGGUCUCUUAACUCAGAAAACCUGAACAAUACCGAGAACUAGAGUGUUUAAGCUCAUUAUCUCUAUACUGUACCCCUAAAAUAGGAGUAAUGGCAACAUUUUUGCUUAACAGAAGUUUUGGUCUGUGUUAAAUGCAUUUAAUUUGAGAGUUAGUAAGGGAAGUACCUUAUGUUAGAUCUCGAGUACAACCAGUUCACUCUUGGUACCAGCCAGAAUGGGUACCUUGAUAGUGUUGCUUUUUAUUUUAUCCCUUUUGUACUUAUCAUAGUUGAUUACAGUACUGUACUUAAUUUUAAAGGCUUUUCUAUGGGGACUCCAGCACAAUGGUUUGGAAUUGAUAAGUAUUUUAGGGCUUGAGAAUAAUAUAACUGUUAACACUUAGGACUGUACAUUGCAUGGUAUGCACAGUAACAGAAAUUAUGAGGAUAGUGGCAGUUUGUAAUUUGAUGUAUCCACUCAUUUAGUAAAGAUGUUUGGUAUUAGACAAAUAAUAUUUAAUGUCAGUUUAUCAAAAUUCAGUACUGUACUACUAACAUUGUUGGGAGCAGGUACCCCACAUUUCCACCAAAGACAGAGCUGUGAUAGCAGUCACAUGCCCGGUAGGUAAGAAAAAAUAAGCUAACCUAUCCUUUAUGUAUUAAUCAAGAAUGUCUUUUAUUGUAUCUGAAUUCAGAAAACUGUUCUACACAUUUAAGUGCCAAUUCUCCAGGUAAAAAGUGUAUGCUGAUUUAGUAGCACUUCUGCACAACCUGUCUCACAGAGUGCAUAUUGGUGCUUCGAGUUUUGUUGAAGAUUUUUAUCUUAAUGCUCUUGUCAAAAUGGAUAGAACAUUUAAUGCUUUUGUCAAAAUGGAUGUAACAUCUGCAUUAAAUUAGAAAAGCAGAAGGCUGCUCCCUGCUAUAAAAUUUUGGAGCCAGUAUUCAUGGUAAUCCAAAUAUGAAUGUAUUUGAUUUAUGGGAGAUGAACAGCAGUGAGCUGGGUUUUGUUCUGAAAAUCUGUUGCAUUUGUGUUGCUUAUAAAAGGUAUUAACAUGAAAUGUAAUGCCUUGUAUAACUUAACAAUAUAUGAUACUAGUCAAUUUAAAAAUAAUUGUGGCAAAUUAUCUUUUCUAUGUUUCAUCUUUCUUGGGUACUUUUGUUAUCAUAUAUUUCUCAGUGUAUGCACAGGUAGUUUGCAGGUAAAAUGGACCCCAACCUAACCUAACAAUUAUGAUUGGCACAAAAAACACUAGAGCCCAUUUGAUGUGUGACCUUCGGUAGUACUAUAGGCAUCGGCAUUAGUUAUUUAUUGUUAUGGUUUCUGGAAUAUUUAAAAAAAGAAAUCUAAGUUUUCAUAUUAUGUGGAAUAAAUUGGAUUGAACUCGACUGUAAAUAAUUGUUUUGUAGACGUGUAGAUGAAAAAUUGAAUUACAGUUGUUUUAUUAUUUAUAUUUACAGUAUUUGUACUUUCAGCCAGGGUUGAUGAAUCAUAGUUGAGAUAUCAGAGCCUGUGCUGUACAGAGAUACAGUACUUUUUGUAUGUACAGUACAGUACUGUACUUUCAGCAGAGAACAAUAAAUGAUAGCUAUCAGAAAUAAUUUGAAAAGGUAGGGAAAUUGCCACUCGUAAAGUGGAUAAUAAAUGGAAAUACUGAGAGUUAAAAGGUGUAUAAAUGUAAGGUUUGGGUAAUAAAACUCUAGCAAGUGCGUGGCAGUGCAGUAGAUACUGAGUCUAGUAGGAGAAUGGUCACUUAAGAGUACACUACUGUACAACCAGUUGAGGUGAAAUUUAUAAAAAAAUUAAAUGUUGUUUAGGAAGUGUGUAAAAGAGGUAACAAGGAGCUGCAAGAUGAUGUAUUUAUUCCUAACAAAUACAUUAGAAAAGGUGCCACCAAAUUAAGAAGGUUUAACUACAUUCAGUUAUUUUUCUUUGGCUCUUCCAACACAAGGAUGAAUUGGUGUUAUUUUAUACAGUACAAUAAGCUGCUUUCCUUCUCUUUUUUUAUAUACAGUAUUGUAUAGUAUAAUUGUUGAGGACGCUCUCUUCCUUUCUACAAAAUCUUAUAUUUUAGUCUACUCCAGCCAGAAUUAACUCCUAAAGUACAUAAUUAUUGCCUCUGCAUGUUUAAGGGACACUGUGUGGGUCAUCCUAGUGUUAUGUAGAUAGAGCAUCAUGAUGAUGAUAUGGGAAUACUGUACUAAUAAUGAUACUGUAUAGGAAUAAGAAGUGCAGAAAUAUGUAAGAAAUGAAUGAAUGUAUGUACAGUACAGGUAUCCCCCUAUUUAUGAUCAUCCAUUUUACUAUAAUCCGUGUUAAUGUUAAUUAGGUAUGAACACCCUUUUGUGAUUUAUGUUAAGCAAAAUCCAUGUUAACGAUGGUUAUCAUUAUAAUAAACUCACUGAUGUGGAAUGUAAACACUGGGGAAGUGCAUCUUUCCCUUCACUUGUCAAGUCCAAGAUGGCCGAUUUGCGCAGAAACCGCUUUUCAAAUCCUCUUCUCAGCUUCACCUAUCUGCAUGGCCACCAUUGAACUACAGUCCCACGCUUUGUUUCAAUAUGAUUGCAUCUGCCCUCGGUGAUGUAACAAAUGUUAUCGUUAUUAAUCGUUGCCUAACCUUGUGAUUGCUGUGAUACUUUGCCGUUAUUCGUCAGGGGAAAACAUUAUCGUUCAGAUUUUGCUGUUUUUACUUUUAUCCUCUGCCACUGAUUGUGGUAACUAAAGGGAUUUUGCUCUUUUGGUGAUAGUGAAUUGAUCACUAUAACUGUAACCUUUAAAAUGGCUAGCAUCCAUCCACAAUGAGUUUCCUUAGCCUCGCAGGGGACAGGUGUUGUUUAAUUUUGUUGUAUUUAUUUAAUUGGUGUAGGAUCGUUUUUUCUGUCGGACAGGCCAGGAACAUAUACCAUUGAAACCCAUGUUAAAAGGCUCGUGGUUUGCGUAAAUUUGAUUUAUGUUAGGGUUUUCAGGAACGCAAUCCUAUCGUAAAUAGGGGGAUACCUGUAUAUGAGGAAGGUGUGUGGCAGUAGAUGCUGAGAGAAUUUUGAAAGAACCAUAAAGAACUUGAUGGGAGUGUAUUGUUGGAGGAAACUGCCUUCAGCACAGUACGUAUACAUACAAUGAGCGUGUGACAUGUGAAGGUGUUGCUGGAACUACUGUGCUACAGGAUAUCAGUGACUAUAAGAGUAUUUUCCCACAGUACAAAAACUAUUGCCAUAUCAGAGCUCAAUUACAUUUUUGUUUCCUAAAUAUUUUACAAUAAUUCAUCUAUGGAAUCUGGUGCCAGAGGUACAGUACAUACAAUAUCACAAGAAUCUUACAUGUGUACUGUACAGGUAUAUUCCUUAGGUAAAGACCAAAUUCUUAAUACUAGUACCUACCCCAUUUUUAGAUUUUCUAUACAAGGAUACAGUAUGCAAAUGACUACCACUUAAAGUCUUCUGUCUACACUAGCUUGUGUAUGACUGACUAAUAUUCUGAGUGGACAUUAAAUCUAAAACAAUAAUAUUCUUAGAUUUUAUCAAAUGCUUCUGAAAGAGUUGAUUUUGUGGGUAACAGAAAUCAGUAUGUUUUUUCAAGCACUAUAUUCUACACCCAAUCUACAGGAAGAAAACCAGAAUUGAUUUUAAGUUGAGUGUGCCAGGAGCCCUUGAUAAAAAUUUAAAGAAAGAAUAAUACAGUACAGUAAUUGAGAGUCGAAUACCAUAUAUGAGUAGGAGCUUGUGUCUCACCUGUAGUUAUUAAUUUCUUUGAUAGUCACUGUAAACAGGUGCUGUCUUUUGAAAUUUUAUGCUUAAGACCAGGUGGCUUUCUCUCCAUUAUACAGUACAUUACAGACUUGUAUUUUUCAGUUUACUAUACAGUACUAGUUUUUGGGACCUAGAUGUUGAGUGUUUUGAUUAACAAGUACAAAAUGUUUUAUGCUCAUUGCUUUAUGUGUAUAACACUGAGGUAUUGACAUAAACUUAAAAAGAAAUGAGAUACAGUACAGUACAUUACAAGAGUAUCUAAUGUACAGUACUUAAAAUACUAUCCUUCUUUUCAUGUCCCUUUUUACUGUAACUUGAACUAAAUCUUAUACCCUGUAUUCACUAAGAAUCUUAGAGAGAACUUAAGCAAUUUUAGAAACUCACAGAAAACAGCAAAUACUGUACUGUAAUACUGUUCUGUAGAUAUUGUAAGACAAGCCUUAAAGAUUGUGACUGACAACCUUGUAUUUAAAUAGUUUUCCUGUUCAGUUGUAUUAUGCAAUUUGAUGUUGCUGCAGUAAGAGGAUUUACAGUAUGCAUAUUGUACUACUGUACUGUACUGCCUUGUCAGUGCUAGUUGUAAACCUUGGUUCACAUUAGGAAAAGUUUAAAGGCUUAGUUCUGUAUUAUUUAUACACCAGUUUUGUUAUAAUUAUAUUUACUGCUAGAUAUAAACUACAUUGCUGAUGUGAUGGAUGUAAGGUUCAUCAUGAAUGGUUAUAAUUAUAUUUAGUCUUGAAUUGUUAUUUUGGAGGCCAUGGAGUCUAGGCAAGGAUAAUCUGCUAACCCACAACCCCAAGAAAAGGUGUCAACUAAUAUUAUGUUUUUGGUAAUUUUAUAUAAAACGACUGCCUCUGUUACUAUGCCACAUAUUUUAAUAGAUAUAAAUGCCCUGAAAGUUGGUAGCUCAAUGAGCAAAUAUUAAUAUUUAGAAAUAUUUGAAACUUGAACCUCAAAAUGUACCGGUAAGUUGUUUAUUGAUGUACAGUAAUUGAAAAGUAUAAAAUUACACAUGCAGUACAGUACUGUGUAAGGUUCUUAAAGUUCAAGGUUCUGUAAGCUUACCGUCCGUUUCUCCUGACUUGUCAAUUAAGGGUAAAUACCCUGUACUUCUCUCAAGAGCCUUUUUAGAAAACCGUGUCUUCUUCUGUAGUUAAAUAACCCAUUCCUAGGGAUCUCUACUAUAUUAUAAAAAAAAAAAAAAAACCUAUUGAAAACAUAUACAGUACAGUACAUUAGUUGUUAAAGCGACAUAGGUGGAAGAGAUUCUGAAUUACAGUUGUUGGGUUUAUUAGUGAUUUCCCUUAAUUUUGUAAUGGUUCAGUACAGUACGUUUUGUAGAGUUGAUCUAGCUUAGGUCUCUUAGUGUCCCAGUUGCCUCUUAGUUAUUUUGCUGAUAGUCAUAUGAUAUAUUUAUGGCUGCACUGGCAGUAUAAGCAUUGGUGUAGACUAUAACUUGACACUUUUGUGCUCUGUACACUAGCUGUUGGCAAUCACCAUUGCAUGUGAUAAGAAAGAUGCCUUGGGUGAUGCUUUGUCUUCAUCAUAGUGGCUUUAUGGUGUAAUAUAUUUAAUAAGACAUCUUCAGACUACUGUAUAUUCUGACAAUUAUUGUGUGUUUGAUAUACUGUAUGGUUCAUUACUGCUAUGGUGCAUCUGGCUCUCGUAAAGUAACAAAUGGUGUAUGUUGUUUUGCAAAUUUUAUUAUCUAAAUGAUAUAACUUCAAUCCUAAAAUCUCCUUUUAAGUCAGUAAUCACCACACACUGCUUCUGGUAAUGAAGAAAGUCUUCAAUCCAUGCUAGAGGAUUCUUCCCCAAAAUUUUGUACCCUUCCAGUUUAAUUUUUAGUGUUUCAUGGGGUAUGCUCUCUUGUAUUUUUGUGGUGAAUUCUAAUAUGUGUGUCUGGAACAUUUGUAACAAAAAGCUUGAAGUAGACCCUAAGUCAUCUGUGUAAAGCCUGAAAUACAGAAAUCUUAUGUAUAAUAUAAAUUGCUUCAUUUAUUGUUUCCUCCUCAAAACUAACCAGGCCCACACAUCAACACAUCAUGAGAUUUUCUGUGUUGUUAAAUAAAAGCAGGAAAAAUACUACUGUUUUGAUCAUUACAGAUAGUAAUGCUGUUAGUAGGAGACCAAAAAACAUUACAGGGUAUUAGACUACUGCUCAUUUAGUACAAGUGGUGAUGAUUAAGAAUUUCAUGCAUUUUAGAAUACAGUAGUGUAUCCCAUAAGCAAGUUAUUUAGUGUUUUCCUGUGAAUAUAAAUGCACUUUAUCAAAUAAAUUUUCUUACCGGGUAUUUUUUUAAAAAGGAGAAUGAAAUGACAACAAUUGCUCUUAAUCUGAGAUAAAAUAUUUACAUUCCUAUGUUAAACAGCAUUUGUAUUUUUAUCAACAAACAGUAUGUGUUUUGUUGACCUGUCACAACUGUCAAGGGUAAAUGAAGUUGUGAGACUUUGAUAUGUUUGCUUCAUAACAUGCAAUUUUAUUUUCUGUAGGAGAUUACAUAGCACGUACUGUACUGCCCUCCCAUUAAGCUAAGUUAGCAUAACUUAACUUUAUCACCUACUUAAUCACCCUAACCUAAUCCUCACCUUACUUAAUCACCCAAACUUAAUCCUUACCUUACUUAAUCACCCAAACUUAAUCCCUACCUUACUUAAUCACCCUAACCUAAUCCUCACUUUACUUAAUCACCCUAGCCUAACCACAGGAAGGAAAGUACGUAUACCAGUACCAUGUGACUUACUGCAGCUAAGUACAGUUAACAAAUAUAUUAUCCCUUAUUUGGAAAAUACUGUCCUGUAUAUGCCAAAUCCUCUUUUAUUAUACUGCAGUAAUUUGACUUACGGAUGUUUACAAUACUGUAUGUAUACUGUACUGUACAGUAUAUUAGAUGCAGGUUGUAUUUAAUCUCAUGAUUUUAAUUAUAUUUAUGUCAAUGGUGUUGGGAUAUCAUAAAAUUACACGUAGCCUACUUUUAAACAUUGUACAGUGAGUACCUAAUUAUUAUGGCUAUACUGUAUGUCACUUAUUACCAUUGUUUAUUUAUACAGAGUAUUGUGAAUAAAUUAUUAUUAGGUGUCAAGUAGGUGAUUUCUGCAGGUCCUGUACAUGCAGUUGAUGAUCUGUUCAGCUUUAUUAUAACAUAAAACUUUAUUGUGUUUUACUCAUACUUUAUACAGCUGUACUGUACUUAUUUUGGGGUAACAAGGUGUCUGUCUACAUAACAACACACAGUAUACACUAACAAAGAAUAAUAUUGAAGAAUACAGUACAGAAUGUAUAAAGAAUCAUAAUUUUGCAUAAAUGCCUAUGUCGAAGAAGGCUCUUAAGCUUUGCAAUAUAGGGUGGUUAGCACUAAAUACAGUAGUACUAAGACCAAAGUGAUCUCAUGGAUGCUCAGUAUUCAGUAUGGAGAUACAGUUCAUCUAGUGGCAAUAGUUUUCCAUAUUUAAUUUAGCUUCAGGUUAAUUACAAUAUUUGGAGUUUUACAUUAAUGGCAACAUUUGUCAUUUUAAUUUCUUUGUACCAUUCCAGCAUAAUUCAUAUUAUAUGUACACUCGCCACAAAAAGUUCUCUAACAGCUGGGCACGACAAAUUUCAGAAUGAGCACUAUGGCUCCUGUCCUCUCAAAUGCUCUAAGGGUCAUACAAUAUGACAAAACACAUGAGAAAUCUGAACAUUGCCCUCAGAAAGCAAUGUUCACAUUUCUCAUUCAUUUUGUCAUAUUGUAUGACCCUUAGAGCAUUUGAUAACUUUUUGUGGCAAAUGUACUGGUAAAUAAAAUUUCCAGUCAGAUAAUUUUGUGCGAAAAGCCUUGAGAUUAAUGAGUUUUGUUUUAUCUGCACUCUUGAGAAUUAUUGACAAUCAAAACAGUCAUAAAUGCAUUUUAUUAUUGUUGAUAUGUUUGGCACCAGUAUUUUUAAACAUAACUGUAACAAAGAUGGACAGAGUUAUCAUGACAAUAAUAUGCCUGUACUGUACACUGUAUGUGAAUUUUCAUGUGCUAAUAAUAUAUAUUUUCUUUGGAAUUUAGUGAAAACUGUGUAUCAUAGGGUAUACAGUACAGUACAGUACAGUACUGUACUUUAUUAAAGAAAAGUGAUUUAUUAGUAAGCAGUUUCUAUCCAAAAUUAAGUUUAUAUUCAGACCAAUAAUGUUUUAUAUUUAGAGAUCCAUCUCAAAAUACCCUUGUUAUAUUGAGAUGUUGGUCUAUCAUCAUUUUUGUUUGUUGGGCACUAGUGAGUUUUUCCUCCUUUAAAAAGAACUGGUGCUCUAGAGAUAAAACAUCAGCUAAUAGUAUGUGUGUAUAUCAGGGGCAGAUCCAGAAUUCUGAGAAGAGAGAUUUCUAUCUCGAGGAUGAACACAUGAAGUUUUAACUUGUAUGGAAAAAAAAAUUAUGGGAAUAAAGUAAUAUAUAUAAACUAGAGUCAUUACUUAUGUUACAAUUCAAAAGGAAACUUCUCACCUGAAUCAAAGGAGAUGUGAAGGAAACUGACGGUUCCGUUCAUUCCCUCAAACUCCUCUGGAUCUGCUUGCUGUGGAAUCUGACUUUGGUAUCAUACUGUAUAUCAUUUAGACAACCUAACUGAAUUUCUUGUAAACCUAUCUCAUUCUGUAUUGUUUGGUAGACAUUGAUUUUCAUAUACCUACACACCUACUUUCUCUCGUCUUCAAACUUUCCUAAUAGAAAUGUAUCUUA